AUGAGAACAGGAAGUGCCACUGUCGGGCUCCUCCUCUUCCGCUUCAGACCGGAAGUAGAACACACCAGCGUCUCUCAUCCAGUGUCUUCUAUUUCUCUCGUACGGUUUGGACAGAAAGUCUUCAAAACGUCUUACGCAAUGAGAGGUGAUCGUGGUAGAGGCCGGGGUGGCCGCUUCGGGGCACGAGGAGGACUGGUGCAGGGGUAUCGGCCGUUUGUCCCACACAUUCCCUUUGAUUUCUAUGUGUGUGAGAUGGCCUUCCCUCGCGUCAAACCUGCCCCUGACGAGACUGCCUUCAGUGAAUGUCUGCUGAAAAGAAACCAGGAUCUGAGCCCCACUCCAGUGGAGCAGUCGUCCAUCUUGUCUCUGGUCACUAAGAUCAAUAAUGUCAUUGACAAUCUCAUAGUGGCACCGGGAAACUUCGAGGUGCAAAUUGAAGAAGUGCGUCAGGUUGGAUCCUACAAGAAGGGAACAAUGACCACUGGACACAAUGUUGCAGAUCUUGUUGUAAUUCUCAAGAUCCUCCCCACAUUGGAGGCUGUAGCUGCGCUGGGGAACAAAGUGGUGGAGACUCUCCGAGCUCAGGACCCCACUGAAGUGCUCUCCAUGCUCACCAACGACACCGGCUUCGAGAUCAGCUCUGCAGACGCCACGGUCAAGAUCCUGAUCACCACGGUUCCUCCAAACCUGCGCAAACUGGACCCCGAGCUCCACCUGGAUAUCAAGGUUCUCCAGAGUGCCCUGGCUGCCAUCCGUCAUGCCCGCUGGUUUGAAGAAAACGCCUCGCAGUCAACGGUGAAGGUGCUGAUCCGGCUGCUCAAGGACAUGCGGCUGCGCUUCCCCGGCUUUGAGCCACUCACGCCCUGGAUCCUGGAUCUGCUGGGUCAUUCUGCUGUGAUGAACAACCCGUCCAGACAACCACUGUCCCUCAACGUGGCGUACAGACGCUGCUUGCAGAUGCUGGCUGCAGGCCUCUUCCUCCCCGGCUCUGUGGGCAUCACAGACCCAUGUGAGAGCGGAAACUUCAGAGUCCACACAGUCAUGACCUUGGAGCAGCAGGACAUGGUGUGCUUCACUGCUCAGACUCUGGUCCGAGUCCUGUCUCAUGGAGGCUACAGAAAGAUCCUGGGUCUGGAGGGAGAUGCUAGCUACCUGGCUUCAGAGAUGUCCACGUGGGAUGGAGUGAUCGUGACCCCGUCAGAGAAGGCGUAUGAGAAGCCCCCCGAGCGGAAAGAGGAAGACGAAGCCCUGGAGGAGGGAGGGGAUGGAGAGGACGAGACCAUGGAGACUCAGGAGUGA